AUGGCGCCUCCCGUCCCCUCGUUCACCGGGAAGGUGUAUGCCACCUCCGCCAACUUCAUCGUCCGAUAUCGUGCUAUACACAGCACGCCCGUCGUUGCGAGUCGCUACCUCACAGCUUCCAACCACCCGAUUCGCCCCAAGAUUGCCCAUAUGUAUGAUCAUCGAGAAAAGGAUCACUUGUGGUGGCGGGUAAACAUCAAUAUGCAGAUUCAACAUGUCACGCGGGUUGUUCGGUCUUGGGCUGCUCGGAGAACGCGCGUCGCUUUCCUGCAGGCUCUGAAAAAUAAUGGGCUAGAUCAUCUAGGAAAAGUACUUCCUGAGGCAAAGAGCUGGCAGCAGCCUCUUAUCGGGACCAUGGAGGUUGUUGUCCGCGAAUACUCUUUGACUAGCAAUUUCGAGACUAUCCAGCAGGAUGCGAACUCCCUUUUGCAAAAUAUCCUGAAACUAAAACAUCAGAAGGAGAGCUUGAAACAAUCCAGUCCUAAAAAAGGCAAGUUCUCUUCAAAACCACCGAGAUCAAAAUCUUGA